UGAGUGUUGUUCUAUCUGGUCUACAAAACAAUGAUUCCUUAACGGUUAGCGUUAACGUUAACGUUAGUGGCAGUGAUGUUACAGAUUGAUAAUUGUGUGUGUGUUUAUCCGACUCAGUCAAUCAGAGAUACGGUUAUAACGACCUGUUUCGUAAUGAGCAUCAUAAUAUCCCGAGGAAGGUCUGAGAUCCAGUCAUUUGAGUUUCUAAGGAAAAGGAAAUUGUUUACCCUAUGGCAGAGUAAACAAACAUAAGGUCAUAUUACACUGCAUUUUGCCAGAUAUAGAUAUAGAUAUAGCUGACUUUAUAUGGGCAACUUUCCUUGACAGCAACAUAAAGAUGUAAAGAGAAAAGCAUACAAGGUGGGAGUAUCUCGGUGGGAGGGAUUCUUGCUGCAGGAAACUAGGUGGCGUGCAGAGCUGCAGAGGCUGAACUUUGCGAGAGCGCAGAUAAAGAGACGGGGAGCGCAUCUCUGUCUCAGACACCUGAUGAGCAUCCUCCAAACUCUUUAAACUAGGGGACAGAACUUUACAAGAAAUAACUCUUGUUGGAUAUUAAACAAGCACCAUAAAAAAGAAGCCUUCUAAAUCUUGGAGAACACCAACAGGGAACAGCAUUACUUUAUUUUGUACUGUACUUUAAGAGAUGGCAUGGUCUUUUCGACGCAGGUGUUUGCUUUUGCUGUGUUUGACAGCUAUCCAGAGUGGUCAUGGUGCCGUUCAGACGUGCAUGGAUAAGCAUCAGGUGGUUGGGGUGCUUCGUCAAAUGGAGAAGUUUCUGAAAGGCCAGGAGAUGCGAUUUACGGAGGGCCUCAGGAUCAUGAAGUCAAAGCUGGCAACGCUUCAGAACUCUGUCUCCAAGUUACCUCAAGCUGACCAGUCAGCUGCUCCCACCACCUGCCCCUCUCUUGAAGCCCCUGCUCACGGAACCAAGUUUGGCUCAAAGUAUUUUGUUGGACAUGAGGUCCAUUUCACUUGUUUCCAUGGUUACCAUCUUGUCGGUUCUGCCACGCGUGUCUGCCAGGACAACGGCACCUGGACUGGCAUCAGUGCCAUUUGUAAAGAUAUAAGUGAGUGUGCAAGUAAUCCCUGCCAAAAUGGAGGUACCUGUGUGGAAGGUGUUAACCAGUACAAAUGCACCUGCCCCCAGAACUGGAGUGGCUCUCACUGUCAGCACCAAACCCAGACAGCACCACCCGAGUGGAGUGUUAUGAACGACCCAGCAUUCAGCCGGAGACCUCGCUGUGCCCAAGUGAAUCGAGCCCAACACUGCAGCUGUGAUGCAGGCUUCCACAUGAGUGGCACCUCUGACAACAGUAUCUGUCAGGAUGUAAAUGAGUGUGAGGUGUACCGGCUGGACCAAGGAGGGAAGCUGUGCGUCCACGAAUGUGUGAAUGUCCCGGGUUCGUACCACUGCUCUUGCCCCAGCGGCUACAAGUUGCUCCCAGACGGGCGGAGCUGUGAGGAUGUGGACGAAUGUUUGAGCCAGCAGCACAACUGUAGCGGAGGGACAACUUGUAUCAACAUGGGGGGAGGCUUUCAGUGUGUCAACCCAGAGUGUCCCCGUUCUCAUGGCGACAUCAGCUACGUCAAGACAUCUCCCUUUCAGUGUGAGAGAAACCCCUGCCCCAUGGACAGCCGCUCCUGCCACCUGGCUCCUAAGACCGUAUCUUUCCACUACCUGUCUCUGACCUCCAACCUGCAGACUCCUGCGACACUUUUCCGUAUGGCGACCGCCGCCGCCCCAGGGCGCACUGGGCCGGACAGCCUGCGCUUCGGCAUAGUGGGCGGAAACUCCCGAGGCAUCUUUGUCAUGCAGCGUUCAGACAGGCAGACUGGUGAGCUGAUUCUGGUCCAGCAGCUGCGCGGGCCGCAGGAGAUCAGCAUUGAUGUGGACAUGUCUGAGUACAGCGACCGCACCUUUCAGGCCAAACAUGUGGCCAGAGUUACCAUUCUGGUUUCACCCUACAACUACUGACAGCAAGCUGGCGAUGGAGGAAGACUAGAGACAGAAGAAGAAGAACAAGGAAGAAUGUGUAAUGGGCACUGAGUGAAAAAGUUUUUUAAUCCCAUAUCAGAUUAUUCAUUUGUCUGAGUAGCCAGUCGCAGGCCAGUAUUUGUUCAGUGGCCAAAUUACCAAAAGAGUGAGAGCAUGACAAGACAAUAUUUAACAGUCAUAUUAUAAAUAACAAUAUAUGGCAAAACACAUCAUAGAUGCUUUUUUUUUAAUGUAGUGUCAGUAUGAGCUUUGACGGAUGUUUGACUGAGUGUGUUUGAAUGCAUGAAAACUAGCUAAACAAAAGCUUGAGUGGGUUGGGUGAGAUGGAAAACUGUUUUUGACAUUGCUGUUGCUUUAUGUUUGUAUUUUUAUGUCUAUCAUAGAUCAUGUCUGUGUAGCUCAGGGUCCGGCCCUGGGGCUGAUGCACUGCCCUCGCUUUAUUGAUGAUAAAUCCCUAUAAGACUUUA